GUAACAUUGCGUGGGAGUCAAAGAGUGCUCAAAAGUGCGUUACGAAAUUCAUGAACGGCCCCGUCCCGGAAUGAGAGUAUAAAAGUGUAACCUUACGUAUCCAAUUGUACGAAGUAUUUGGUGCUAACUCGGCGCUUUGAUGUGACCUCAAGGGCGACGAUUCUACUGAGGUUCCUGCAUAAUGAGUUCACCAACAGCCAUGAAGCCCGAUAUGGAAGAGGAUGGUUUGGUUGCUCCCAUUGAGUCCCAGGUGGACGCUCCCCUCCUGCUUCUACCGUGGGAGCUGCUUGUGCGCAUUUGCCACGGGGUGUACGCCUGGGACCUGUUCCACCUCGGCCAAACAUGCCGUCGCCUGCGUCAAGUGACUCGCCACUGCGAUGCUUGGAAAUUCAUCACGUACCCCGACUAUCUGGAUACGACGAUGUCGAUGCCCGUGUACCAUCCACUCGACUCGAGAGAGCUGUGGGCCCUGCUGCACCGCGAUGACACGAUGCCCCUGCUGCGCGUCGCGCCCGCCUUGGACACCCUCAGGCUGCGCUUCCGCUGGCCGCCUGUAGAUUUCCUGCAGUACACGAAGCAGCAGGUCCGUGUCUUCGAGGUGGUGUGGCCAUCGCCGCGCUUCGAGGAGCCGCCCGAGCCAUGGAGACUGGCUCGCACUCUGCAGCACUACAAGGGCCAUCUGCAGGAGGUCCGGCUGGACCGCAUGUUGUACGGCUGCCUGCUCAAGGACAUUGAUGCCCUCGGAAUCAAGGAGCUGUACAUCGCGGACAAUUUGUGUAGGGUGUAUCCCGGCAGCACCAAGACCAUCACUCAACUCAAGUUUGACGGGGACCAGAUCGACGGCGACGCCCUGGCCGAGGUGCUGCUAGGCUGUCGUGAAACCUUGAUGUCGUUCAGGAUGUACGCCGCGUUUGUCCACAAAAACCCCUGGGCGCACGUUGAGGACGAAUCGGGAGUUAAGGUGUGCCAAGCGCUGAAGCAGUGCACCAACCUGGAGGUAGCCAAGAUCACCACAUGGGGCGAUGUGACCAUGCUCGGCUCCUUCCCCAAACUGCGCAAGCUGACCCUGUGUGACUUCGGGUGCGACGCUCCCGCCCUGAACUUCUUCAGGUCCUCGCCCGUGAUGGGUGGGCUGGAGUCUCUGUCCCUGCGCCUGGGCUUCUAUGCUCACCGCGGCGUGCUUCGGGCCGUGGCAGAGGGCUGCCGCAACCUCAGGCUGCUGCGCCUGAUCCCAGACCAGGCAGUGGAGUCGCGCGGCCUCAUGGCGUCAGUGGAUCUGCCGUCGGACCUUCACUUGAUCCUGGGCCGUCUAGUGGACCUGGACACGCUGGCCAUCUACGAGGCGCGCCUGCGCAGCACGGUGUUGGACGGACUGGCAGGCGGGGCGCUGCCUCUCUUGCGAAAGCUGCUUCUGCACGGCUGUGGGUUGACGCCGAAGGCUAGAUCCGCGUUGGACUCGUUGCGAGCCCGCCGCCCGGACCUGGCCGUGGUGGAGAAACACCCUCAGGUUGCGGUGCGCGAGAAGGACAACCACUGGUUGGCCUUCUCUGAGCGCUGCUACGCGGAUGCCUGCGACGUGGACUCGAACUCCGAGAACUCUGACUCCGCCUCAGACUCCGACGAUUCAGAAUCGGAGGACGAAGACCCCAUCCCGGGCGACCACGACUACGACACUGAGCUUGACACGGUCGAUCCGCACGCAGACGUGGAGCGUCUAAGCAGCUUUCUAGAUCCAUCGGACACGGAAUGCGAUGGUAACGACUGUGGUUCAUCCAGUUCCUCUGAUUAAAUUUACUACUCAUGCACUCUUAUAGAGUUUUGUGCCAUUAAGACAGAAAAAAUGUCUAGUUUGUUUUCGUUAUUUUUUUUUUCAAAUUGUUUUUUAUUUGUAGAAAUGGUUAUUUACUUAUGGCUGUUGACCGUUACUGUAGCAAUUAAGGUUUUUCCUAUUAAAACUGAAAAGGAAAAA